AUGGUCAAAUCUUUCUGUCUGUUCACAGAUGGAUGGGAGAAAUCCAAUUUCCAGUUUCUGGAUCUCAAAGCCUCGAGAUCGAACUCCACGGAGAAUCCCGCCGGCGAUUGGACCAUGAUGAGAAACUGCUCCUCUGAUUCAUAUGACGGCGAGGAGCUGCUGCUGAGGCGCGGAGGUCUGGUCGGGUCCGGAGGUUCGGCCGAGCCUUCGCCAGACAGCAGGUCUCAGAACAGUUCUCCGGAGCACAGGAGGAGUCAGGAGAGGAGGCCCGGGAGAGCCAGGAGAGCCCUGAACCGCUCCUGCUCCGUCCCAGACUCCAACAACCCUCCGGCGCUCUGUCCUCCGUCCCACGCACCCAUCAGCAUGAUGAUGACCGACCUGUCCGAGAUCACGGAGGAGGAGAGCUGGAGCGGGACACUGCGGCGGCCCAAACCCAGGGGUUCAGACUCAGAGGGAGAGGAAGAACCUGACGCAUGCGAGACGGAUCACACUGAAGCUGCAGACGCUCGGAGCCCCGCGUCAUCAGAAGACGGAGGAACUCAGACAGACGCUGAAGUGCGCAGCUCCAACCUCGUCAACAAAACUGUGUUGUGCCUGAAUGAGGAAUAUCAGAAUCAGUGGAUCUCAUUGCGGGAGCUGCUCUCAUGCUCUGCUCAGCCGUUCUCAGUCAAUGAGCUCUGGGCUUUAUGCUACACGUGUCUUUCCACGCUACAGACCUACAUCGACCUCCCAG